ACUUUUGCCAUAAUAAGAAGUGAUUAUAAACCAAGCAAUUUGGUUGCCUAUCAUGCAGAAAACAAAAUUCGCAAAUGUAUAAAUUUAUAGUUUUUAAUAAUUUUAAGAGAAUUUUUUACAGUUAAAGUUAUUUGAAAAGUGUAUGUCAACUAAUGUAAAAGAUAACAAAAUGUUCUUUAUGCUAUAUGGGCUUCAAAAUGACAGUAAAUAGUGUACUUAUGUAAAUCACGCUUACUGGUGAAACUUAUUAGAAAAAUGAAUUUUGAUUCCAUCAACGAACGUAGGAAAAUGUUGGCCACGUACUCCACUGAUUCAAUAUUUACAAUUGAUAAGAUGAAGAAAAUGCAACAUUAUUCAAAUAAAUUGUUAUUUAGUUAAAUUAAUUGAAGUGUGAAGAACUUCCGGCUAUUAACCCUUUCUGCGGCUUUCAACAUUUUCCGCAAGGAAAUGGGGUCCAACACAUCUAGCGUUGGUUAUUCAUUGGCCACAACUACUGAGAGUGCAGGUGCUAGCAGUGAUCAUGGAAACGGACACGUGCUACAGUCGACAAACACUGAAAGUAUAGUCUCAACGGGCUCAAUUGGAACCAACGCAGGCCCUGAUCCAAGUUUCAUUUAUAGCGGUGCGCACUAUCAUCGCGAUCAAAGGCGAAAGCGAGUUACGGGUUUUGCGACACUUAAGCGCAAAUUCAUACGCCGUCGACGUUCCUCAAAAGCCUGUGAUCACGCGCGUGUUUUACGCGACUUUGUGUCUGACUGGACACCUCUUGAAUUGGCAGCGCUCUGUGAGGAGUUUGAAGCGUUGGCUGCUUUAAGGGAUUUAUCGGUACAAGCAGAAUUGGCACGACCCCCGGCCACUACAUAUAAACAAGAUUUGGCCGCUCUUUACGAUUUAAAUCUCUGUACGGAUUGUGAUCUUGUAUUUCGUGGAUCCAUUUUUCCUGUUCAUCGUUCUAUAUUAUCCUCACGAUGUACAUAUUUUCGAGAGCUGCUUUCUGGCUGUCCUGGAUUUGGUGCACGCAUAUGUCUUGAGCUUCCUACGUCGUCUAUUGAUGUAAAAAUAUUUUCUAUAUUGCUUCGUUAUUUGUAUACCGGAGAUCUUUGUCCGCACGAUCCGACCAUUAAUAUCAAUUUGUUGCGUCAGCUUGGUGAUGAUUUUGGCACGCCUAACCCCCUCGAACACGAUCUUCGUUAUUUGUUGGAAACCGGCGAUUAUGCAGACGCCGCUCUCGUGUUUACAGCAGAAGGCACAAACGAAUACUUACGUCAAGAUUCGGUUAAUUCCGAGUACGGCUUUAGGCCAAAACUUGAACUUCCUUGUCAUAAAGCAAUUUUGAGUGCUCGUUCACCUUUCUUCCGUAAUCUUAUUGCUCGCAGAACGCGGAACAUUGACGAGUAUGUAGAGCGCUCUAUACAUGUACCCACACGCAUCGUACUUGAUGAGACCGUUAUACCGAAAAGAUAUGCGCGUGUGCUACUGCACGCCAUAUAUUUAGAUACAGUCGACUUGGCACUCAUACUGCGUGGUGCAGGAACUGGAUGCUCGACCGGCUCCCUUGGUGAGGUUCACGCAUUAACCAACACUGGUCGUGUACGACCUACAACUCUUGAGGAAGCUAUGGAGUUAUAUCAAAUAGGCCGGUUUCUAGAACUUGAUAUAUUAGCACAGGGCUGUGAAGAUUUAAUACUUGAAUGGUUGUCACUUGAUACUCUAUCAAUGGUCUUGAAAUGGGGAUGUCAACCACAUGGCUCCGCUUGGGUGUUUCGUCAAGCAUGCCAGUAUUUACGCGAAGAAUUUACUGCAGUUAGCUCCUCACCAGUGCUUAAUCAAUUAGAUAAAGCACAGCUAGUACAUAUAUUACAAAGCAACUUCUUACAAGCAUCCGAGUUGGAAGUGUUACAGGCUGUUUUAAAGUGGGGGGAACAGGAGCUUAUUCGGCGCAUGGAAGAUCGCGAGCCAAACCUGUUAUCGCAUACCGCUCACUCCGUAGCGCGGAAGGGUGUAAGAAAGCGCGAUUUAAGUGACGUUGAGUUGCGUGAAAUACUUUCGGAACUACUGCCUCUAGUAAGAAUGGAUCAUGUUUUACCGCCAAACAGUGAGGUUCUUUGUCAAGCUAUACGCCGUGGUCUUGUUAGCACACCGCCAUCGCAUAUGAUUGGCGACGAGCGCGAAAAUUUACGAAUAAACGCAUGGAUACGGGGUGGGAAAAAUCAAGGUCUAUUUGUACGGCCACGUCUUUUCAUGCCGUAUUUUGAGGAAGUAAAGGCUUUAUUGGAAGAUCGAAUGGCCUCGUCUCAUCAUCAAAUUGAGCUCAUGCGCAUGCGUCGAUCCCGACAUUUUCCUGACAUUCCGGAUACCCUUUAUAUGGUUUCACGCAUGAACUCUACUCCAAAUAACAGCUUUGUUUCUGGAGUGACUUGUAGUAUUAUUGGUGAGAAUGGGGAUAAACUUGAACCUACCGCUAUACCACCACCAGAUAGUCAUACGCUUGCUGCAAUGCGUAAGCGUGAGCAUAAACUUCGUCAAUCCCCAAUGUGCCAACGGGCGUUACUACUGCCACUGUCAUCAAAACAUGAAAUCGAUCGUCAAAUUCGCCUUCGUGUCGUUAGAGAAUUCAAUCUGCCCGAUGAAGUGUCUGAUUUGUUAGAGACCUCCCUAUUAACUAACCAUGGGAGUAGAGAUGAAAGAGUUCCACCGAGUACACUUACGGAAGAGUGCCUGUUAGAAAAUGAAAAUCAAAGUCCGCCACCGUCGCCGGCAGCUACCGGCUCUGUAUGCCAAACUGCCGUUACAGCUCCUUUUUUGUCGACCUCAUCAGUGUCAUCCGCAUGUGGUGCAAAUAGUGUACAUGAAUGCUACAGUCGAAAUUUGACUUUUCCCCGUCAGCAGCCAAGUAGCGUACUAGGUGUCGCGAGUAUUUUGGCAGGCAAUCCCGGCUCGGCCCUUCAGUCCAGCUAUGCACGUUUAACGACAUCGGUGAACCAUCGUAACGAAUUGCCGGCAUUAAUCACAGAAGGUGAUUUUAGAUUUCCACACAGCAAUGCGCUGAGCAUUGUCAGAAGGCGUGAGAGCGGUGCUUGUGGUUUAGACACUGGCAAUGGACACCUUUCUGACAUGAUGCCUGAUGUGGCCAUGGCUACUGCAUCGUUGGGUCAACUUCAACUUGGCACAGAACAAGCAGGUUGCAUGAGUAACGUCAGCAGUCGUCCAAUUGAAAGCAACAGAGAUAUGUCAGAAAGUUUACAACUUGAUUUGGGAGAUGGACCGACUCCGCAUAUCAUCAAUAGUGCAGCUGGUGUGAUAACUAUACGAAACUUACAGCAUCAACUACCGGAAGGCAAUUUCCACCACAUAUUGCAGCGUGCAAGUUCGCCAUUUGACAUUCUGCGACAAGAACAACACUCGCCUAGUCCACAGGUUCCACCUUCAGCCGCAUUCAAUUCUGGGCCAUCUAGGUUUUUUUAGAGGUGGCAAGUGGCUCCCAACAUGGCGCUUGAUUUAAGCACUCCAUUCUAAAGAAAAUUAACAUAAAAAUAUCGAGGGAAAUAUGAUAUGUCAGCAGAGUGUCAGCAUUAAGAAACAAGAAAUUUAGCUUACUAAAAAUGUACGCCCCUAACAUCAAUAAUUUGUUAUUUUACACUUUUGAUGUAAGCAAAGCGUAUGUACAAAAGAGUAAUGAAUAAUAUUAACAUAACGUCUGUCGCAAUUAAAUGUA